CUGCUGUUGGCUCAGCUGAGCCUCCAGUCCCCGAGCCUCAUCCCAUUCCAGUGCCGAGGCAGGUGUGGAAAACCAGCGUGAUGGAGAUGUCGCAACUCCCCCAAGCCCUCAACUGGAGCUGCCUGCUCAAUCCAGCUGCACUUGUCAGGAGACAGUCCUGUGUGUUUGUCCCUGUGUGCUUUCGUGUGUGUGUGUGUGUGUGUGUGUGUGUGUGUGCGCGCAAGCACACAGCUGGGAGGCACCCUGGCUUUGGGGACCCAAACUAGCCUGAUUCCCCUCCUGGGUCUGCUGGCCUAAUUCCCAGCUGCAGCUGCCCUUGGGGGCCCCCCUCCCCAAGGCAGUCUCUCCGCUGCUCUGGCAGCUGGGAGAGGAGGAGCUGCGGGAAGGGGACUGAGCGCUAAUCUGGUGGAGCUGAUCUGGCCGCCUUCUCCAGCUCCGCUGCCCUCUGCCAGCCGCUCUCUUGGUGAUUUUCUCUGUGCCCUGCACGCUCCCCUCCUGCCUUCAUCUCCUUAAGAAAGUGCCCAGAAAGUUAAACCCACACACACACAAACACACACACACACACACACAAUCCACACACAAAAAAAGAAUCAGCAGGAGCAGGCAGACGAGUGAGAGAGCACGUGCGCAAGAGAGAGGGCUCGGUCCAGAGGAAGAGCGGCGCAGGCGGAGGGCGGCUGGGCUUGGCAGUGACCGGGACUGAGGUCUCUUAGCCCCAAGAGCCUCCUCCAUGGACCCCAGGAUCCUGAGAGGCGCUGCCUCAGCUUAGGAUGGGCAACUGUGUCAAGUCUCCACUGAGAAAUCUCUCAAGGAAGAUGCGCCAGGAGGAGACUGCCAGCUACAGAGUGGUGCAGACCAGCGAGGAGGGGCUGGCGGCCAGCGGUGAGCUCCCGGGACCGCUCCUGAUGCUGGCCCAGAACUGCGCCGUCAUGCACAACCUGCUGGGCCCUGCCUGCAUCUUCCUGCGCAAGGGCUUCGCCGAGAACAGGCAGCCUGACAGAUCACUGCGGCCAGAGGAGAUUGAAGAGCUCCGAGAGGCCUUCAGAGAAUUUGACAAGGACAAGGACGGCUACAUCAACUGCCGAGACCUGGGCAACUGCAUGCGCACCAUGGGCUACAUGCCCACCGAGAUGGAGCUUAUCGAGCUGUCCCAGCAGAUCAACAUGAACCUGGGUGGCCAAGUGGAUUUUGAUGACUUUGUGGAGCUAAUGGGACCUAAACUCCUGGCGGAGACGGCAGAUAUGAUUGGUGUAAAGGAACUGCGAGAUGCUUUCCGAGAGUUUGACACCAAUGGUGAUGGGGAGAUAAGCACCAGUGAGUUGCGAGAGGCCAUGAGGAAACUUCUGGGUCAUCAGGUGGGACACCGAGACAUAGAGGAAAUUAUCCGAGAUGUGGACCUCAAUGGGGAUGGCCACGUGGACUUUGAAGAGUUCGUCCGGAUGAUGUCCCGCUGAGGCCGUGAGGGCCCCUCCAGGACUGCCAAGCUCCCACAGGCGGGAGAAGAGGGGCAGAGCUCUCCUCGCUCCGCUGCAGCUGCCGAGAGCCCAGGAUGGACUGGUGGAGGGGGCCUGCUUGCACCCCGGACCCCCACCCUCCGCACUGUGAAAGACUCACAACUCCUGCAACUGGAAAGGGGGGCGCCCACCGACAAGGAGGCCACAGUGCCAAGCCACAGAGGUUAUGCAAGGCGCCAAGUGCCACGUACCCAGCCGCUGCCGGUUGGAUGGGCCAGGGAGCCCGCCAGCAGAUCCCACAUAGCAUGUCUGCCCCAGGGCAAAGCCCUUGCUGCCCUCCUCAGCGCUGUGCCCAUCCCAGCUCGCCUCAGCCUUGUUAUCUCAGAACCAAUAAAAACAUUUCCGAGAGCAA